UGACUCAUUGUGUCUGUGGCGAGGUAUUGGGAGGGCCUAGGUAGGUGUGCAGUGCCCUUCGGUCGGGUAGAUCCCAGAGUCAGCCGUGCUUGGUCGCCCGGCGUCCCCAGGCCGCUCCGGAGACUCACGGAAUAGUGCAGGAACCAAUAGAAGACAGUUGCUAGGACAGAAACUGCAGCCUGACCCUGUUGGACCCCACCAGUUCACUGAGCCUGAAUGAUGACCGCUGAGUCAAGGGAAACCACAGGUCUAUCCCCACAGGCUGCACAGGAGAAAGAUGGUAUAGUUAUCGUGAAGGUAGAAGAAGAAGAUGAAGAAGACCACAUGUGGGGGCAGGACUCUAGCCUGCAGGAAACACCACCACCCGACCCAGAGGUAUUCCGCCAACGGUUCAGGCGCUUCUGUUACCAGAACACUUUUGGGCCACGAGGAGCUCUGAAUCGGCUAAAGGAACUUUGUCAUCAAUGGCUUCGACCAGAAGUCAAUAGCAAGGAACAGAUCUUGGAGCUGUUGGUACUAGAGCAGUUCCUGUCCAUCCUGCCCAAAGAGCUGCAAGUCUGGCUGCAGGAGUACCGGCCUGACAGUGGGGAAGAGGCCGUGACCCUUCUAGAAGACUUGGAGCUUGAUCUGUCGGGACAGCAGGUCCCAGGUCAAGUUCAUGGGCCUGAGAUGCUUGCCAGGGGUGUGGUGCCUCUGGAUCCAGUUCAGGAGUCCUCAAGCUUUGACCAUCAUGAAACUGCCCAGUCUCAUUUCAAGCAUUCAUCUAGGAAGCCUCGUCUCUUAUCCCGAGCUCUCCCUGCCACCCAUGUUCCUGCCCCUCAUCAUGAGGGGAAUCCCAGAGACCAGGCGAUGGCAUCUGCACUAUUGACCGCAGAUUCCCAGGCAAUGGUGAAGAUCGAGGACAUGGCCGUGUCCCUCAUCCUGGAGGAAUGGGGAUGUCAGAACCUGGCUCGGAGGAAUCUCAAUAGGGACAGCAGGCAGAUGAAUUUGGGGAAUGUGUUUUCCCAGGGUUCUGAGAACAGGAAUGGGAAUGAGUCAACCUCAAAGGCUGAAGUCAAAGAAGAUUCCACCUCACAUGGGGAGAUAGCAGGAAGAUUCCAGAAGGAAUUUGGAGAGAAACGGGAACAACAGGGCAGAGUAGUUGAAAGGCAACAGAAAAAUCCUGAAGAGAAAACUGGCAAAGAGAAGAAAGAGCCUGGGCCACCUACAGCCAAGGAAAAGAAGCCCACCACAGGAGAGAGGGGCCCACGGGAGAAGGGUAAAGGUUUGGGAAGAAGCUUUAGCCUGAGUGCAAACUUUAAUAAUGCUCCAGAGGAGGUUCCAUCGGGGGCAAAGACUCACAGAUGUGACGAGUGUGGGAAGUGUUUCACAAGAAGCUCAAGCCUUAUCCGCCAUAAAAUCAUCCACACAGGAGAGAAACCCUACGAAUGUAACGAGUGUGGCAAAGCCUUCAGUCUCAAUUCAAACCUUGUCCUUCAUCAGCGAAUCCACACGGGAGAGAAACCUCAUGAAUGUAACGAGUGUGGCAAAGCCUUCAGUCAUAGCUCAAAUCUCAUCCUGCACCAGCGCAUCCACUCUGGAGAGAAGCCCUACGAAUGUAACGAGUGUGGGAAAGCCUUCAGCCAGAGCUCAGACCUCACGAAGCACCAGAGAAUCCAUACAGGAGAGAAGCCCUAUGAAUGUAGCGAAUGUGGAAAAGCUUUCAACCGAAACUCAUACCUUAUUUUGCAUCGGAGAAUUCACACCCGAGAAAAGCCCUACAAGUGCACUAAGUGUGGCAAGGCCUUCACCCGGAGCUCAACCCUCACACUGCACCAUAGAAUCCAUGCCAGAGAGAGAACGUCAGAGUACAGUCCAGCCUCUCUGGAUGCCUUUGGAGCAUUCCUGAAAAGUUGUGUGUAAAGCAGGAGUGUAUCGUCAAGCCGUUCUCCCUUUUGUUUCUGGAAUUAUGUCAGACCUAUGUACCCAUCGAGGGGAAAGUACUAGCACCAUCAAACUGUUUGAGAAGUCACACUUCAGGGUCCCUAACAGUUACAUCAACCAUGUCCUGCCUUCAGGAAGUCUGUAGGCAUGUAAUUCCUAAAGUCCUUGAAAGGGAAAGCUGGCCGUGUGGAUAUUCUUGCACUCAAGAUAAAAGCAUACACAGUAAAAUGUCAAGCUCUCUAGUAAUGGAUAUACCUUUAAGGUUUGCUUCCCAGCAACCACACCAUGUAGUUGAUGAGUCAAGAUUAGCUCUGUGAAUAUUAUACUGGUUAAGGCACUUGCUGCAGACAAACCCUAAUUAGACACCUUGUGUUUGGCGGUGAAGAGAGAUAAUUAAUACAAAGACUGCAUUGGGACAUACGCUGCUCGAGCAAGCUAUAUACCCAGAGGGUUGUGUAUCUGACCACUGGUAGCCCGCCAACGCUAUAGAAAUCUAGGUCUGUGCUGGUCAGAAUCAAACCAAAGAUUUCUAUCUCCUUCUGAAAGAGGGCAUUUGCACCAGUUUAUAGUUCCAAGGACUGUAACAAAUAUGGAUGGGCCUGCCCCCAUCAUUGAGAUCAGUCCUACUGAAAUAGGAACAAUUCAACAUCCCUAAAGCACUCUAGAUGCACUCUCCAUAAGUUAGCACUUGAUUGUAUACCAUCUUUUAAUCCUUCGUCCUUCAGUGUUGGAAGCUUUUAUCAAUCACCACUCCCCAAAAAAGAUGCUUCAGUUGUCAAGAAAUAUAGUUAUGUUCCGGACAGCAUAGCACUGGAUGUAGUACUAAACACACAAGGCACUCCUUAGGACGGACUUCUAACAGCACUGUCAUAUUUGUGAUAGGGUCUGUGAAUCAUGUGAGUACCUGAACUAUGGUACCUUCAGACCUAUAGGCCAUGCUAUAAUGUAUUCCAGGCUUAAUGUUAUUUUUGUCCUAAGUACAAACAAAAGGUUGGUUAGCUGCCUGCAGAGACUGCAAAUAUGAAUCAGUAAGUCAAUACCACAGAGUGUCAGAAAUGAUUCUUGUCAUCCACUUACAGAAGAAAACUAUGAACACUAACUAUGAAGUUUUUGUUUGUGUGACAUCAUUCCACAGCAAAGCUCUUGUUCCUGGCCAGAGUUCUUUUCAGUUAGCUGCUGAAUAGUGGUGUUUUGAGCACUUGCUGAGUUGUUCAUCACUUAGCUAGUACUGUCGUGAAGGUUUUUUGUUGUUCUUUUGUUUGAUUUUUUUAAGUGGUUUUUGUUUUUGUUUUUUUAAUUUGUUUUGUUUUAUUUAUUUCUCAGAGAAAGGGAAAGUUAAAGGGAGCAUUUUUUUCCCCCACCUUUAACCAGAAACUUGUAGAAGCAUCUGUCAUCAUUAGCCAGCAGUAACUGAAGAUGUCCUGUUGCUCUGAGAAAUUCACCACCACACCGGUGUGGUUGGUUGUGUCACUGUAUUUAAUAGCACACAUUGUCUUUUCUAUUUCUCAUGAAAGACUAAAGUGAGGACUAAGGUUAGGGAACUUUAGCCUUUCCUGACAUCUCUGCAUAUGGCUUCCCAGAAGCUCUUGAUGGAGACAUACCCCAGAAUACAUGGUAUACAGGAAACCCCAAAUAUCAAGCUAUGCAGGUGUUGGGAAUUUGAACAGACAGCUUUAUUUAAGGAAGCAUUGAGAUAGUGUGGACAGCCCUACAGAACCCUAGAAACAUAAGCUAAAGACAAACUUGAAGACUGUUGACAUGAACACCCCACAUAUGGUUUGAGAUUUCCCCUCAAGAAACAACUAAAAAUCAUCUUGCACCAGUUGUUCACUGGUGACCAGCAGCAAAAGUCGGUGAGACACAAUAGCAGCAGGUCUCAUCAGGUUGGUACCUGUGGCCUCUGCUCCAAGUCAGACUAGAAUCCUACAAGCAAUCACUGGUCCUUGUUUGACUUUAUUUCUUAGACCAAUCCUGCAUCUCUGGCGGCAUCUGAGCUGUUUGCUUAGUGCUGCCAGUGAGUAUUCUAUCCACCCAGCUGAAAAUCAGCAGCGCUACUCUGAAGAUUGCACCUGACUCACUUUCUGGAGUGAGGUGGGGAGAGAGAGAUGCUUUAAGGUUCUUCCUAAAGGAUUGAGUCAUUAAUGGUGGACUUUUGAGUGAGAGCUCUGGCCUGUUUAAAAAAAAACAAAACAAAACAAACAAACAAACAAAAAGCAACUGAAAUAAGGUACAGGACUCCAGGAGCACAUCCAGACACUGGCUUUGAUCCCAAAAAAGGACUUUGGUCAUUUCCCUGUUGGCUGCUUAUACACAGACAAUUAACCACAUGCUGAUGCACUUCAGCCAUUAUUCUUUGUUCUUAAAUGAAAUUUAAGACAGACUUGUGAUCCCAUCCCUCAUUUGAUUUCCAUUUUACUGGGAUGUUUUACUAUUAGUCACUGGGAUGGCUCCAGAUCUUCCACGGAUACAGUCCUGGAAGCAGCCACCUGAAGAUACAUUUUACUUAGAAAGCAGACUAUAGGUGAUUAUCCAAAUUUCUUAGAUGCCCAGCAGUGUCACUGCAUCAUGGGCAAACGUGGUGACAUCUGUCGUUAGUGCUCAGGCUAGUUAACAGCCUAAGUGCUUAUUAACCAUCAGCAUGCCAAUUGACAUGGUGAAACUUUUUAAAUGUACGUUAUGACAAAAGCCAGAUUCUUCAAGUUGUGAACUUUCUACUUCAGCCUGGCAAGCAAGGCUAAGCAUUGAUGUGUGAGACAACUUUAUAUGUAAAGCACUUGAUAUUAAAAGCAUAAUCGUGAGACUUAAAUAUGUGUAGAGAGACUGACAUGUUGAAUAUGUGAGGCACUCCAUGCCUUAUAUACAUCAGAGAGUUGAUUCCAGAAUGGGACCUAGUCUUGAGUGUGACGCCUGGCAAAGGUUACACUGUAAAUAAACUCUUUCUGUGAGGCCGCCUUCAUAGUACUUACUGCUUUGGAUAGGAGAUUCCCUUUGUCCAUCUCAGUCAUGCAGUAAGUUCCAGAAACUGCCAGAAGAGCUCAGUCUUAACUCCAGAGGAUCCACAGGAGAACCCAAGUGUGGGGAAUGCUAAAGAAACAGUAAAAACGUACAACUUCUUACAAACGGUAAACAUUGAGUACCUCGAUGUAUUUUGUAAGGUCAUAAUGUCAGUGUGUCUUUGUACCUCACCCCUCUUGUCAUUCUUUAUAUUCCUCGUAAACGUGUUCCAGUCUGUUGAACAGAGCCCAUCACCCGGGAAGGAGGAGAAAGUGAAGUUUCGGAGUAAUUAAGAAACUGUAGUUAUAAACGUGAUUAGGUCUCAGAACUAGGGGUGUGGAAGAAACUUCUUAGGUUGGUGCUUGUUGAACCGAGAAAAGUCUGUGAAAAGAGCUCUGUAGAACACUAAAGUGGAAUAACUGUACAUUCCACUUCCUGGUCUCUUACUCAAAGGGAAUGGGCAGGCUCUGGCUUGGAGGUGAGCUGAGGGACUUCUCCAUUGUUAAUAUAUUUGGGGGAAAUGUAUAAUCAACAGAGGCUAGGAAGUAUACCGGAAAGGCUAGUUUGCCCAGAUUCUUUGAACCAUGGUAUCAUAGUUCUGUUUUCCCACACAUAAAUCCUCUGUGCUUAGACAAAUAGGGACUCUGUCCACAGGAAGGACUACUUUCCAGGAAACACAAGUAGGUCUUGCAGGGAAGGGGAGCUAUCUCAGAGUUUGCAAAGCAUUGCAAGAUUUGCUUUUGCUUUACUGCAAGGUCCUGUCUUUGCUCCCAGUCUCUGGUGUAUUUGUGCUUAAGAGACAGUGUUUGAAGAUUCAUAACUGUGAAUAUUUGUUGACUUAAGAUUUUUAUCUUAGAAUUGCCAACUUUAUUUCCAGUAGGCAAUGCUGAUCUGUUUAUCAAAAGGGAACUUAAUCAGGCUCAUCUUGCCAUCCUCCUGAAGUGACAAUGCUGAGACAGACACUCAAGACAGCAAGCUUGCCACAGAGCCAUUUUCUGUGUCCCACUAUAAGCAACUCUCAGAAGUCUGUAUGAAGAAGGACUAGGGGUGUGGUUCCAUCCCCAGCACUGCAUGAAAAUGAUGUGGUGGCACAUGCCUGUGAUCCCAGCACUUGGGAAGUAGAGGCAAGAAGAUCGGGAAUUUGGGAUCAUCCUCUGUGACAUAGCAAGUUUGAGACCAGCCUGAACUGCAAGAGAUCUUAUUAAAAGCAACCCCCUUACCCCCGACCUCCACAUAACUAUGUAUGUGUAUAUCUGUAAGGGAGCCAGGCAAGGUGGUACAUUCCUUUAAUCCCAGGACUUAGGAGGCUGAAACAGUUCACAAGUUCACCCAGCCAGUUUCCAAAGAAAUAGAAACGUGCAGCUAUUUCCCAUUAGGCCUGUGAAUUGUAUGAAAUAUAGAACUAGAGAGGCAAACUUAAAUGAUAUAAAUAGAUCACUUCAUAGAAGUCAGAGUAGAUUUUUAUUUCAACUACUACUGGAGGCAACGAGUAUUGUUGGAAAAGUUUUCCUAACAUAGAUCUAGGCUUUGCUCUUAGUAUGGAAACACUACUGUAAGUUUUAAAGAAGUUACUUAUUUUGCUAUUCAUAUUUUUUUUAUGUCUGAAAGUACCUGUCUUAAAACUUUGUAAAACAAACUUGAAGUUAUAGGUAAGGUAAGCCAUCACAAAUACUGCAGGUCAAACAUAAGUUUGGGAAAUUAUUUUGAUAUCCCAUAAUACUAAUGUUCUAGUAUUUUCUAUUAUCUGGUUCUGUUUCCAAGUUGAUAACCCCAAUCCCACGUUUUCCUAUAAUAGUCUAAGCAGCAAAAUGAAGAGAGUGAAGGUUACUCAGCUCUAAACUGUGGUUCCAAAUGAAAAAAGUCACAGUCUGCUGUGAAAUUAAGAAUUGAUUUUUUUAUUAUUUUUGUUUAAUCUGGGAAGUUGUGAUACACCCCCUUACAAAAACUGACUCAAUUUACUUAACUGACUCAAAUUACUUGAUCAUUAGCCAAAUUAAUUGAUCCUUGGAAUGGUCUCAGUUCACAAGCACUCAGGUUUGUGAAGGACUGGAAGAGGCUGGACCAAAACUUGGAUUUCAUUCCAGUUUGACAUUGGGGCUAAGUCCUGUUGGUUCACAAAAGGAUAACUAGUCACACUGAGUCAUUUAUCCUGUAGUCUCCAGCAUAUUACAAGAGAAUGGCCAAAUAAGGUCUAGCAGCCUCAUGAUCUGCUAAGAAAGUGCUGAGGCCAGAGAAGCUUGAUUGGGGGAUGGGCAGGUGGUCGCUCACCUUCCUCUCCAUCUUAAUUGGUAACAGCUUGAAGUUGCCAGCCAGCCCUAGCUGGACUGAGAGCAAGUGUGAGACUUGGACUCUGUUCUCUCCUAAGCUACCUGUCUCUAUGCUCUCAAACUGCCAUCCCACAAACAUGGGUCAAGUAAUGCAGUUUGUAGAGCCAAGUCGACAGUUUGUAAAGGACUCAAUUCGGCUGGUUAAAAGAUGCACCAAACCCAACAAAAGAAUUCCAGAAGAUUGCCAUGGCUACAACUAUAGGAUUUGCUAUCAUGGGAUUCAUUGGCUUCUUCGUGAA